AUGGCUCCUGAGUUACAGAAGCGGUUUGCUGCGCUAACAAGGACGAGAAAAGAGGUAAUGGUGCAAAGUAUCAAACUACAAGAGGAAGAAGUCGUGAAGUCUGAAGAAGAAGAAGAUAAGCAAGAUCGUUCAGACGAGCUGGGAACUGCCAUGGUUGCCUAUUCAACGGCUGAAGAGCUGUAUGGACUGCUGGAGCGCUAUGCAGGCGCAGUCGCAGUAGGAUCGCGCCGUUACUACGCAAUGGCGUGUGGAGUCUUAGAAGGCAAGUUUGGAUCCGAACAGGUAACAUUCCUUAUUAACUCGGGAUCGGAAUUGAACUUAAUUACGCGGCGAGUCUGGGAGCAAUCGGGUGUGGAUAUGGACUCGGAUGGUUCUCGCUGGUCCCUGAAGGGGAUUAAUGGAGACCCUGUCCCACUGCUCGGAGACCGCGCAGACGAACCAAUCAAGUUGAAGAUUUUGGGGUCGACACAUCAGCGGAAUUCAGACAAGCUUAUCAUGGAAGAUCCGGCCAAACAACGGGUGACGUCGUCAGUGGAGGAGGUUUCUGAUGAGGGUUUCUAG